AUGGUUUUGCUCUUGAUUCUAGGUUUCCAAGUUUGUCAUUCUUUGGGUGGAGGAACUGGAUCUGGAAUGGGAACUCUUCUCAUUUCCAAGAUCAGAGAGGAGUACCCAGACCGUAUGAUGAUGACCUUCUCAGUGUUCCCUUCUCCUAAGGUCUCUGACACUGUUGUUGAGCCAUACAAUGCAACUCUCUCUGUGCAUCAGCUCGUGGAAAACGCUGACGAGUGUAUGGUUUUGGACAAUGAAGCUCUCUACGAUAUCUGCUUCCGUACCCUCAAGCUUGCUAAUCCCACAUGUGAGUAA